GCUCCAUCCGAAAAUGAGUUCGUAUAAUAGAGAGAGAGGAAGCUUCUUCCUCCACGCUCAUAUAUAUCCUACUACCACAGUGCAGUUCGUGCCGGACGAGAAAGGAGGACGGAGGGAGAGGCAAUUGGGUUGCUGAAUCUGAAAACAAUCUGAUACGCCCAAACCCUGACUGCUCAAAUUCCUCCGUACAGUCCUCACCACGAAUUUGAGCAACUUCGGCGCAAAUUCUCCGAGACAUGGGCGAAAUUCCAGAACCAGAGGUUCCCAAGCCCACGCCGGAGCCAUCGUCGUGGCUCAGCCUGAGAGUCUUCUACCUGCGGCUGAGCAGGUGCGAGCUGGACGAGACCAUGCUGGACACCCUGAGCAUCACCCACGCCCCGCUCACCUCCGACACCGUCCUGGAAGUGAACGGCGACAGGCCAAGAAGCACCGACAACAACGGCCACGUCUCGUGCCCCCUCCGCAGGGACCGCGUGGACGCGGCGUCGCGCGAGGCCUCCUUCGUCAGCACGGCGACCGUGAGGAUGGCCGGGAGCGUGCGCUUCGAGGUCCGCGUCGGCAGCGGCGAGAGGCUCCUCGUGGGGAUCAUGGAGAUGUGCGACGUGGCGGAGGAGAAAAAGAAGGGGUGGGUCAUGAAGUGCCAGGUCGCGAUGCAGCGGUGCUCGGGGUUCCUGAAAGGCGGCGGGGAGGACGCGAAGUCGCCGAUGGUCGAGGUGUACGUAGCGAGCCUGUUCCGGGGCAGCCCGAUCGUGUUCACCAAGGCGAUGAAGCUGCGGCUCAGGAGGACGCGCCAGGUCAAGGCGCCUUUCAUGGAGCCCAUCCCCGAGUGCGGCGAGCACGCCGACGACGACGCGAAAGAAACGCCGCCUGACCAGAAGCAUGAUCCACAGGAAUCGGAGUACAGGUGCUACAAGCCGGAACCGGGCAUGGACGACGUCGACUACGACAGCUUGUACGCGAGAUCGGCUGGCCUGGACCAUGGCCUGGACGGCGAGGACAGCGAGCUCUCGUGGUUCACCGCUGGCGUCAGAGUGGGCGUGGGCAUCAGCCUGGGCAUCUUCCUCGGGGUCGGCAUCGGCGCUGGACUCCUGGCCCGUUCCUACCAGUCCACCUCCAGGACUAUGAGGCGGCGGCUGAUCUCUGGCCUGCUCUGACUCUGAACGGUAGCAUUCCAACAUGUCACAGAGCAAGGGCACAGCAACUCUGCUUCUCGCCAGACGUGACGCGCCUGGAGAUUAUUCUGCUGGAUGUGUUUGUAGAUCCUCUUGCCUGUUACUAUAUGGAAGCACUUGCCUUGCCCUGCUGAUGUUCAUCGUUCUGCUAAUUCAAAUGUUCCCUCGCGUUGCAAACUUGCUACCAAGCAUGCUGCAGUUAA